AUGCCUAUUCUUGCCUCUCAGACCCCCCAGCUCGCUCAUCUAUGCAAGACGCUGGAAGAGCAGCCAAGCAUCUGCAGCGGCACGCUCGCGCUCCCUUCAGACCAGCUGGAGAUGUACUACGGGCGCAAGAACUCUCGGAUAGGCAAGAUGAACGUCGGUGAAUUCAUGAUGGGGUUUGACGUCGAGAAGUUGGGUUCUUGGACGCAAUCACCUCCCAUCUCAGAAGCUACACCGACGACAAGAUCCGUGCAGAGCUGUACAAGCUCAGCGUGUAUAGCAAGGGACAAUUCUUCAAAGCGCACGCAGACACCCCUCAUGCUCCCAACAUGUUCGGCUCCCUGGUCAUUGUCUUCCCCACCGCGCAUGAUGGCGGGACACUCCCUCCUCCUUCGCGAAGACGAGCAGGAAUUCGUGUUCGAUUCCGCAAAGCUACUCGCCGGGCGCAACGACUGCAUCGCCUACAUCGCCUUCUUCAGUGACGUCGAACACGAAGUCACCCCAUUGCUCUCAGGUCACCGUGUCACGGUCGCAUACAACCUCUUCGACGACGCCCCCGGGGAUCGCUCCACUCUUCAGCCUUGGGCUCUAGUUCCGCGCGCCUCGGCGUCCGCAUCCGCGGAAGCCGUCGCGCUCGCGCUCGGAGCGAUGAUCGACGACCUCCCGAGGGUGUGGGACGCAAAUGCGGGCGUGCCCGACGUCCUCCAGCGCCUCAUGGGCUGGCUGAAGGGCGCCGACCGCGCGCGGUUUCGCGCUGCGAAGGCGCUCGGCCUCGAGCCGUCUCUCCGGAUUGUCCUCUCCGGCUGCUGGAUCGAGAGGAGGGUCGUCAUGUCCACCCUUCCCGGCUUCUGGAGGGUGGACGAGUACGCGAACGACGACUUGGAGAUGGAGCUGCAAGAGCGUGGGGGGGAGGUCCUGCAGAGCCGGUACUUUCCCGAACCGUACCAGGAGCCGGGGGAGGUCACGAUGCAUUGGGUGAGGCCUCUCCCCAGCGGGGCUGGGCAUCAGAGCAGGGAGCACGCGACGAAGGCGACGUACACGGUGUAUGGGAACGAGGCGAGCCUGAGCUACAUGUACGCCUCGUUCUGCGUGCUAGUCAAGAUCGGGGCGUCCGGCGUGGAUGCGGCACGCCGGAGAGCAGCGGAGUGA